AUGUCGCACACCGAGUUUGCGAAUCUUCCUGACAAGAUUCCACUUAUGUCGGGGAAACCCCACAUGCUUACCUCAAACAUUGGCGUCAUCGACGCCGUGCACACUACAACCACAUCUGCACUGGAGAACAGCAGCUACUCCCGAGCGCCGACUACAGCAGCUUCUGAGAAAAAGUCGCUGAGCAUUUCCCUGCCGGUGCUGUCAGCCAUGAACACCGGCACUGCGACCCCGGUAUCACAGCACAGCGCUGCCCCAAGUCGCGCUGCAUCCGUCUGUCUCUCCAUUACAACGGUGCUCUUAGUCAUCACCUUCGCUCUCCUGUACCUGCGGCCGCACUUCAUUCGUGGAGUCGGGUUCAUCUCACAACCUACCACCGCCAGAGUCCACGGCGCAAGUGAACCGGACGACUGCGUCGAUACAUCCACCCAGCUAUCCGUCCAGCUCGCCGACGGCAUCAUAUACGGAAAAUCCAGCCAACCAGCGGACCCCUCGGAGCCUCACGUUCGCCACUUCUUCGGCAUUCGCUACGCGGCAUCGACGGCGGGCAGCCGGCGCUUCGGCGCGGCAGUAGCGUCCGCGCCGUGGGACACCAACGGCACGUUCCACGCAUACGAGCACGGACCUCCGUGCGCCCAGAUGUCCCCGACGAGCCGCACGCCCGUAGGCUCCGAAGACUGCUUGACGCUCUCUAUCUGGUCGCCGUUCUUGUGCCAGCCGACCGACUUGCUCAAGACUGUCGUGGUCGCCUUGACCACCGACUGGUUCCAGACGGGCCACGUCACCGACUACCAGAACUCCUGGUGCCGGAUGGCCGCCUACGGGGACGUCGUGGUGGUGGCGCUCAACGUAAGGCUCGGAGCGUUGGGGUACCUGAGAACGCCCAUGGAAGAGGCGCCGGGCAACGCGGCUUUCACGGACGUCGCUCUCGCUCUGUCCUGGAUACGUAGCAACGUGGGCGCCUUCUACGGCGAUCCUACGCAGAUGGUCGCUCUGGGUCUCGGAGGUGGAGGUCUGCUGCUGGCCACGGACCUUUUCGCCGCCGACCUGCGCUCCGCGCCCUACUUUAAGCGCUUCGUGCUCCACGGCCUGUCGCCGAUGUCUCUGCUGCCGCGGAGCCAAGUCGCCGACGCGCGCAUCCUGGCCAGGCAUCUCGGAUGCCUUGUCGACUCCGCAAUGUUCACUGAGGCGACCCUGCGCUGCCUUAAGAACAGGGACUACAAGGACCUCGUGAGAGCGAGCCAGACGGUGGGCAACCUGGGAUUUGUACCUUCGAGAGAGGUCAAGCCGCUCUCGUUCCACACACUCGUCAAGAACGUCGCGACCAGCCAGCUGACGGAAGUGAGCGUACUGUGCGGCUACAGCCUGCGAGACGCUCUCGCAUACGUGGACGACGCCCUCGCGAAGAACAACGUGACGAGAGGAGGAGUCAAACCAAGCGAAAUGAUGACUCGGGCGGCACGCCUCUUCGGUCGCUCGAAUGGUACUGGUGGUGGCGUUAAUCUAUCAGACAGAGCCAAAGCCUUCCUAGCCAGCCUGGACCGCUCGGGAGUUAGCCGGCUGCUCGUAGAUGCCAUGUACUACUGCCCGUUGCUAGACUUAGCAUCAGAGGCUACCGAGAGAAAAGCCGUGGUGUUCUUCUAUGUCUACAUCGGUACUGGACUCUUUGAACCGAUGUGGAACCUUACUGAACUGACUACGUUUGUGAAGACGGGGUGA